AGUAGAGUGUUGCGAUGCUCUCUCCCUUUCCUACAAUUUCUCCAUCACAUCUCAGGCCAGGCCUGGACAGCCAUGGUGUCAGAUUCAAGGCCAGAUCAAUGGCAAAACGUUUCUUUCCUAUGACUGUCAGACCAAGGAGUUCAAACCCAUUGGUCCUUGGGGGAUGAAGCUGAAGGACACAGCAUUUUGGCAGAAACAGGAGGAAACUGUGAAACUCCUGGUGGAAGAGCUCAGAAAGAAACUGCUGGACAUCAAAGUAGAGAAUUUCACUAAAAGCGGUUCUCUCACCAUGCAGGGCAGGCUCAUGUGUGAGCGUGGGGCUGAUGGACACACCAGAGAAUCCUGGCGGUUUUGCUUCAAUGAGCAGUUGACCCACCUCUUUGACCCGAAGAACAGAAAGUGGACAGUGGUUCCUCCUGGAGGCCAACGGUUCAAGGGCACAUUGGACAAUGACAGAGAGCUGACCAAGCUGCUCUUGAGGACCUCAAACGGAGACUGUCAGAGCUGGCUGCAGCAAGUGUGGGAGCGCUGGGAUGAAAUGCAGGAGACCACAGUGCCACCAACCACGUGACAAGACACGGCCCCGGGCAGGGCCAAGGCCAUCAGACCCGGCACCUGGAUCUUCCCCCUGCUCUUCAGCUGUGUGGUCAUACUUGGCAUCCCUGUUGGAGACCAUUAGAGGGACAGGUAGUGAGAGCAGAUUGAGAGGGAAGGGAGGAGCAGAUGGCCUGAUGUGAGCACAAGGAACGGUGAAUUCCCAGCUUCACCCCUGCCCACUCUCUGAACCUUCUCACAGGGCAGUGGGACCAGGUGAAUGAGAUCUCAUACCACGUGCUGGCAACAACUUGGGGAAGCUCCGCUCUGAGCUCUGAUAUGGCCUCACUCACUGUUAAGGCCACUGGGAAAGGGGAGGGGUCCACACCACUGCUUAAGGCCUGUCAGUGCUAAAGGGAUUGAGGGAAGUCAGGCCUGGCUCUGACUCGGUUCUCCAUUGGAGAGAGUCAAAUUGGGCUCAGGGUGGGUGGUGUGGGGACAGCGGGGACACACAGCAUGGGCCGUACUCCCCUUUGAGAGAGAGCAGCAUGGCAGCUCCAUGCGACAUCUCAAGGAGAAGGGGACCCCAUCCGGGCAGUUAUAAGGACAAGGGGCCAGGGUCAAAUCCCAAGAAGUGGGAGUGGGAAGGCCUCUGCAGACCAGCUCAAAGGGCUAGACAGUCGUGCCGUGGUCCCCCAGAACAUGGCUUGUGUCUUUGCAUGUAAAGCAGCAAGUGUCCAGUAGAGACUGUGCAUGACAGGACUAGAAGGAGGCCAGUUCUCCGUGCAACAGUGGGAAUCCUGGCUGAGACUGCUGCCGUCCCGGCAGCUAGCUUCCUGCAGACCUCAGAUCCUGAGCCACUGAGCAGCCCCUGCUUUGGGCAGGGCUGACCUGGGAGAUGGGCUAAUGGAGCUCCCCUGUGAGCUCCCAGCUGAGCCGCACCAAGAAUGGAUUAAUGGGGGAAGGGAUCAUCAGGCUAAGAGCUCUUUGUGCUGCUUGCCGGGAGGCUGGGAGGGAAGGGAAAAGAAGGACCUUUGCCCACAGUGUUCCCCAAGAUCAGAGGUGUCCAGUGCAGACCCCUGUCUUCUGUCAGAUCCCCCAGCAGAUCCUUAUGACCUGCCAUGAGAGGGAACAUAGGAAUACGAGUCACAUGAGCACGUUGGUUUCUUACUCGCUUUGGUCCUGAGCCCAGACCAUUGGAAACAGGGUCUGGGGCUGACUCCGUGAUUUGGUUCAGUAGGAAGGAGGUUUGUAAAGGUGUCUGGGCCCAGGGCUGGGGUCAUGGCUGCGGGGAAAGCAUGUCCCUGGACAAGGGCAGGGCUCUGGGGUGGGGAGUGCUGGUGAAGGGCAGCCCCAGGACAGGAGACCCAGGAUUUCCUCUGCCACGAAGACAAACACCUGUUCUUUUCUUAGGCUGCCAAGUCCACCAAGAAACCUCUGAGAGUGGGACCAGCUCAGCGACUCUGCCUCUGGGCCAGCUGCCUUUGGAUGAGUUCAUCAUUAGGCGACCACCAGCAUAUUCAAGUUUACAAAUCCAGAGACCUCAGUCCAACCACGUGGUGCAGGACCGCGAACCCCUCAUACCCCUUCUUGCAUUUGGUGGCUCUCCUAUUCAGCACUUAACCUUGGCAUAUUCUAUGCCGUUUUCUGUCGGUGCUAAGUGAUGGAAUUCUUGCACUGAAAUGUUUAGGUACUUGACUGAGGAAUCUCAAUGAAGAGGACGUUUUCCAUCUUGUCCUUUGAUUGUGCAAUAUUGGAUUUUUCUCUGUAAGAGAACCAUGUCCCCGCAGACAAUGUCACCAAGAAGAUAUUGUUCGAAGUUAUAGAACCUCAGGGAUUUUUUUUCUAUGUACUGAGAAAGAAGCUCAUUGCCUUUUAAACAGAAUGACAUAUGUGUGAUUAUUUUCUUCAGUAAAUU